CCGAGGAGGAGGAGGCUACCAGCCGAGGGGGGUAGCCGAUUCCCGUAGAGGAUUUUCUGCUCUCGUCGUCCGAAUUAUUGAGUCGUGGCGGCGGCGGAUGAAAACAAAAAUAAAAGCAUCAUAAAACAUGGUGCUCAGUCCGACAGAAGAGCUUCCGUCGGGCCUGUGAGUGUCGGCCGGUUCCCAACCGCCGCCUCUUCGGGGGAUUCUGCUGUCUGAGUCCGUCCUGACCCGCGACACCGCCAGGCGAUGACAGCGGCUACAGCCACUCCGCAGGUGAUGAGAGACCGGCUGCUACAGGCCAUCGACGGUCAGAGCAAUCAGAUAUGCAACAUGGUGGUAGUUAUGGAGGUGAUCUCCUUUUUGGAGAAAUAUCCUAUCACCAAAGAGGCACUGGAGGAAACCCGCCUUGGCAAGCUCAUCAAUGAUAUCCGGAAGAAAACUAAGAAUGAGGACCUUGCAAAAAGGGCCAAGAAGCUCCUGCGGAACUGGCAGAAGCUAAUUGAGCCAGGGAAGGGUGAGGUGUUGUCUAAAGGACACACUGGUGCAUCAUGGUCUUCCAUUGGUGGUGCUCACCCUUGUAUCUCCGCUCCAGCUGCCACCACACCAUCAGGUAAAACAGGUCCAGAGCUGAAGAACAGAAAUGACUUCAACAACUGCUUCUCCCCGAAGGUGGAGAAACCGAGCAACAGGAAACGUAAGGGUGACCAGAAGGAAGGACAGCUCUUAACAGCCAAGAUAUCCAAAACGACUCUUAAUGAGAAAAUACAAAAUUCCAAACAGCUGCCAACCAAUGGAAUUGGUGGUAGCUCUGAAAUUUUUGCAGAUAAUCAUGCACAUCAGCCUUUAGACAAUGAGAUUCCUGAGCCUUUGGACAAUGACAGGCUGAAUAAAAUCCCAGUCAAUGCUGUAAAACCUCAUCCAAGUGCCCCGGGAUACAGCAAGCCUCUUAGCACUUCGUCUUUGCUAAAAGCAUCAGUUCUGCAGCAGCAAGCUAGACAGGAGCAAGCUGUCUGUGGGGGGCAGAAUCGACCCAGAAGCCCACGCUGUUCCUUGCAUAGUCCUCAAACUCCAAAGCAGGAAGCUGGUGUCAAACAAACUACAUCACAAGCACAGGGUCUUUCUAGCCCCUCGGUGAGGCCUGGGCCUGUGGACACCUCUGGCCUGGGGCCUUCCACUCAGCCUUUCAAUGGUUGUGUUCAGGGUUUGCACACAGACACUUCAGAUUUGGAUUCUCAUAGCAGGCCUCAAAGUACAUCUCUUUACAACUCAUAUGCCUCCUCCCACAGUGAUGUGGUCAGUUUGGAAGAUGGUGCUGUAAGCAAUACAGAGAAAAGGAAACGACAGAAAUACAGGCCUAAGGACCAUGUGAUAAAUUUAGAUGGACAGACUGUAGAAGACGGCACAAAAUCAGUCAGGUUAAAAGACAGGAGACUGACAUUUGACCCCGUAACAGGACAGAUCAAAUCCUCCUUUCAAAAGGAGCCAUGCCAGGAGACGGAGGUCAGAUUGAGCCACAGACCUGAAUCUCAGCGGUCUGAACAGCCGAAGCAGAACCCACCAGUUCCUCCCAGUCCCUUCCAGCAGACAGACUGGAAAGAGCUGUCUAGGAGUGAAAUCAUCCAGUCGUACCUUAGCCAGCAAAGCAACGUGCUGACGUCUUCAGGCGCUCACACUCCUGGUGCACACUUCUUCAUGACAGAGUUCUUGAAAAAAGAGGAACACCGAGGUACAGAUGUCAAGACAACUCACGUGUUGGCACCAGAACCCCCAUCCAGUGAUUUACCAGGGAUUAGCAGAGAGGUCAUCGAUGAAGACCUGAACAGAUUACACACACAGCACUGGUCUGGGGUUAACGGCUGCUAUGACACAAAGGGUACUUGGUAUGACUGGACUGACUGCAUCUCCUUAGACCCGCAUGGAGACGAGAGUAGGUUGAACAUACUGCCGUACGUCUGUCUGGACUGAAACUGACUUUGGGCUUCUGAAUUGGAAGUUAAAAGCUGCCUUCACUGUAAAGCAGAGCAACUCUGCACAUAUGAAGGCACUUUAUUUAAGUGUAAGCUGCUGUUUUGCACCGUUGAUGAAAGUGGAGUCAAUGUGCUGCCUGCUUGGGUGUGUGUGUGGAGCACACGGGGUGUGUAAUCAGUGUUUUUAUGAAUUUUUGAACACAGCAUGAAGGAAAGAGGCUAUGCAUUAACUGAAAUUGUUGGUGUUCAUUAAUUGUACAGAUGAGUUCUCAAUACCUGCCAUUCUUUGUGUGGGAAAGGACACCACAUUAAACUGCACAGCAAGGCUACGUUUUAUUCGUCUUAUGUUAUCCACAUGCCUUGUGGAAUGUGACUUUUAUGCAUCCACUCACAUUUAGUCCACAGUGCAGUAUUUUUUCAUUUGAAGUUUAGUUUUUAAAAAUGUGAUUCAGUCAGCUUUCAGUAGACAGAAGUGAGCUACAUAUAUCGAGCAGAUAUCCAACAGAUGCAUCUGUCACUAAAGUUUUUGAAUCAUCUUGAACAAGGCUGUUAAGCUGUUAAAUUAACGCCAUUUUCAAAUAACUAUCAUCAUUACCGUUUGUAUUAACAACUUUAAACUGUUGUGAAAAAAACAUUUGUCAUUGCACCUUUAGAACCGCUGUCCGCUCAUUUCUCAACUGUCUCACGCAGGUACUUUUUGCAGAAAUAACAACUGACAAAUCAGCUUUAAAACAUUUGAAUAUUUUUCUUGUGUUGUGAGGUUUGACUGCUGUUAAUAAAGUGACAUGAAACUGCCAGAUGUGACUGGGCAGUCUGGGGUGAGAGAAGAAAAGGCUCGUGUGGGGGUUGAACAAUGCACGCUGAUAAAGAAAUGUGGCUGUCAUGUAUGAUAUUUAUUUACAUUUACAUAUUCGUUUAAAGACUUAUAUACAUGCUCAGACCACACUAAAUCAUUUUUGUUACAUUUCUUUAUUCAGAAUUGGUUCAGCGAUGCAACAGUCCAACCUUUCUCCUGCUGAUACACCAGCCUACCUUUUAUAGGAAAACCCUCCAAAAUGACACAUUUUGAUAAUGUGAACUAAUUUUAUUUUAUACUUGCCUUUUCCCUUUACUGUGUAUUUAGGCUGUAAAAUAUGAAUUAAAAUGGCAGAGCAGAUUAUGCUUCUAGCUUGCAUCUUUGUACUGUCAGGAAGACCUGAGAUAUAAAUUGACAUGCUGGAUAAAGUACUUAAUAUCAUUCCUUUAGAUAUUGUUUGCCUUAUGGAAACCUGUGUUUUCCCUAAAGAUGAAGCCUUAGUGAAUGUACAGAAAUUAGCCUUUUGUGUUCAGUCGAAUGCAGAAGAGAACAUAUUUGCUACUUUGUCCUUUAAGUGGACAUGUUGAUAUGUGUUAAUAAAAAAAUGAAGGAACUGUGA